AUACUGCGGUCACACGGUGUAUUUGAAAGUCACGCCUCUGAAAGUCAUUAAGUCUUAGGGCCCUCCAGCCAGCUGGUUGUGUGUGUUCUGUUGGUGAUGGUGUGUAUCUGACUGAGUACAGUAGCCACAGGUUCAAAUGGAGCUGGCAGACAGCAUCUUUUCCCUUGAUAUGUCCUCACAUAAAAAUGACUGUUCAGGUAGCCUUUACUACAAUGCACAGCUUGGGACUGAGAUCAUCAAUAUUCUAAAGCAGACAUACUUUCUGCUUCUUCUGAAGCAGCAGAUGACAUCCAGCAGGCAAAAAGAACGUGUUGCUCUCCAAAAGUUGAUGGACUCCAGCUUCCAUUAAUCCCUCCCAGACAGCGUGACUAGUGACCAGGGAUGGUAAGAAUUUCAGUUCACAGCAUCUUGAGGCCACAGGCUCACCACCUGUGCUCCUACAGACUGCUGAAUUGUCAAGUUUUACAAUGCAAAACGGAUUGUUUUUCUCUCCCUCUCAUAUCCCGUGGUCUCCAGGAGGUCCUGUUAUGUCACCGCAGUGGAAUGCUGAAGAAUGCCAACAACAAUCCAAAACCCUUUGAAAAAUAUUUACAACUAACAAACAUAAAAUCAGGGCGAAAGUUUUGUAUGGCCAUUUAGCUGGGGACAAGAUGAGAGGUCGAAGAGUACAGUUCUCUAGACAAGUGUGUUGCUUCCCGGUUGUUUCGUUUACUUCCAUCCAAGGCUAUUUGUCUACGUGACACAUUCUUUUGGCAAGUAACUUCCUUCACAAUUUAUGAUCGUGUGGGGCAGUAUAGUACAAAUUCACUAAAACAGUUUAAAAAACCCAGCAUUUGAAUAAGGUGGUGUGUGUGUGGUGUUUAUGACUGAGAGGACAAAGUGUUCAGCUGUUGGAUAUUUAUUAUAUGAAAUGUUAUGAGAAAGAAAAUAAAAUACUUCUUACCUGCUUUUUUCAGGUGCACCUAAAGAGAUAAAAGGAUGAAAACGGAUGCUUCCCCAACUGUUUUUGCUAAGAUAAAGGGGGUUAAUUAUUAAACUUUCUACUUCAUCAUUUCCUAGUUCUGCUGAUGCCUUAAUCCUGGGUCAUUGGAAGUUUAAGACUGCAUUACAGUCUUUUUUGUUUUUCCUUGAAGUUUCCAAGUCUGGAAGGAUGUUAGGGAAAUUGCUGCUUGCAUCUGCCUGGGUAGCUGUUGCAUAUCCUGAAUUUUGCAAACCAGAUGCAGAGAAUGCUUUCAAAGUGCGGAUUAGUAUCAAAAGAGCUCUAGGAGAUAAUGCAUAUACUUGGGAUGCUAAUGAAGAAUACCUGUUUAAAGCAAUGGUGGCUUUUGCCAUGAGAAGAUAUUUCAGCCAAGAAACCACCCAAAUUUCCAACGUAUUGCUCUGCAACGUAACAGAUCGGGUAUCAUUUUGGUUUGUUGUCACAGAUUCAUCCACAAACGCAACUAUUCCUAGGAGUGAUGUGGAAGCUGCCAUAAGGAAGAACAAAAACCGAAUCAACAGUGCCUUUUUACUGAAUGAUGAUGCGCUGCAGUUUCUGGAAAUCUCGUCCACUUUAGCACCACCAGUUGAAGGCUCUGUGCCAACGUGGCUGAUUGUGUUUGGUGUUGUCCUUUGCAUCAUUACGGUUGGAAUUGCUUACCUUAUAAUAUCUGGAAUUCAUCAACGCAAGAGACAUAAUAAGGCACCUGAAGAAAUAGAAGGUUUAGAAGAUAAAUGUGAAGCAACCGUAACAAUGGAAAAUGGAAUCCCCUGUGAUAGCUUGGAUUUAAAAGCUGGCCGUAUUAAUGGAGUCUAUGCAGCAGCAGAUGACGAGCGGUUCACAUCCUUAUGAACUGUCUCAGUUUCUCUCGUGCCCUUCCUUGGGACUCUGCCCUCGUUUUAUCUAGCAAUUAAUGAUGAUUAUCGGAGAACAAGAAGAGAGAAAACUUGUGUACUUUGCCUUGUUUUCAUUUGGCGAUUCCUUUUAUAAGCGUGUUCAUACAUACACACCCAAAUUCAGUUCUCAUCGAAAGGUUCAUGGAAAGAGCAAAUCUGACUCCCAAUGCUUAAUGUUCUUUGGACCUAUCAGAGAUUUGAGGACAAAGGCCAUUUCACAGCAGGAACAGUAUUAGUAGGGACAGAUGGAUCACUCUGUUCCUGCUCCCUAUAACUUUUGCAUAUUUAAUCCAUAAGCUUGUUCCUUCCCGCAUUCAAUUAAAAGGAAAAAACCCCAAAUGCCUGCACUUUUAAAAAUUUAAAUAUUUUUGAACGUAUUUCCACAAAAUUAUUCUUCCAAAAACACAUUUCAAAAUGUGUAUUUCUGGGAUCCAGGAACAACCAUUUGGAUUUCUCACAGGACCCCUGUGUAGCAUUUAAAAAGGCAUUUUUGUAUGUUUUGAGCCAAAAGCGACAUCACAAGAUGCAGAGAAGUGCGAAAGCCGAAGAAUAACUGCGUAAGGAUCUCUAUACAUUAAUGAGGAAGGUUCAGAUCACCAAAAUCAAAUUCUUCAAGCAUCCUGACUUGUUACUAGUAUUUAAAUGUUUAGUUUCCCUUUGCCUUUUACUUUCCGAGUGAGGGGAAAGAGUGAAUUGCUUUGAUCCAAUAUAUUAACCAACAUGUGCACUUCAUUGAGGCCCAUGAGAACAGAGGAUGGGGGAAAUGGAUGAGAAAGGAACAUUUGCUGCCCUUAGGGGUUUACGGAUGAUCACUUUUCAGAGACAUGUUGUCCUCUUGUCGCUGUCAUUGUGCCUUUGAAGCAAGUUCAUGAUCUCUUCUGGAAUGGCUUUUGAAGAUUUAUGCAGGGCUUUAAGAAGUAAAGAUGGGGGGGGGGAUGACUAGCUUCCUGCUCCAUCACUGCUGCCAAUAGAUGUGCAUAGUUUGGUGUAACUGUUAUGACCACCUCCGGGCUAACACUCAGAGGUUGAACAGAGGGAAGACGAUUAGGAGGAGCUCGUAGGUUGAACCGCAGGGAGCAAGAGAAAGCAACAAUAGUGCAUGUACUGAUAUUCAGAGGGAGGAAGCAUGCUCAAUAGCAGGCCUGUACAUGUGUCCUUCUCAACUUGCAUGCAUCUCUGCCCCUUCAUACAAACUGUGCUUGCUGUCUUUUCCAGCUGUAAACCCCAUUGAGCAAGGGGAUGUAUGUCUUUUCCAUACAUGCUGUGGUGUACUUUUUUAGACAAUAAAAUACACUAUUGCUGAAAGCA